AUGCUACAGUCAUGCACGAGUGCUGUAAGACGUGCAACGCAUAGUCUGAACCACAACCUACUCCAAAGCUAUAGCUCUGCGCCGUCUGCACAAGCAGGGCUCGUCAAACAAUCUCUGCGCAAGCUUCUCCGAGAGACAGCCCAGCCCGUGGCGGUAGUCACGUCAACGUUACCAGACCAUGAAACUGCGCCACGAAGCGAUUCGUCCGCGCAAGGCCAAAAAAAAGCACUGUCAAUCUUUCAUGGCGCUACAUUGUCGUCUUUCACGUCCAUCGCACUCGAUCCGCAUCCGCUCGUCGCAUUCUCUCUCCGCGUCCCAUCACGGAUGGCUUUGGCUCUGAAUGCCCACGCAUCAAAUCUCCAGAUGCAAAUGUCGUCCCAUAUGGUCGUCAAUAUUCUCUCUGCUGCGCAACCUCAUAUCGCACGAUUGUUCUCCAGUCCAGGUCUGCACCCCUUUUCGGAAUCAGAGGUGCAGUGGACGCAGUCUGUAGAUGGUCUCCCGGUUAUUAAAGGCGCUUUGGGCGCGCUCUCCUGCACUGCGGUCGGUCGGGUCGUUGCCCUUGACAUGGAAGAGUGGGAAACGGAGGUGCAGCAAAUAGAAGGUGAUAGUGGGUUGGCUUCAGAGCUAUUCAUUGCACGUGUUUUACGUGUGGAGGACGUUCAAGAGCCAGAGGGUCAAUUCGAGAAUGACAGGUUACGGACGUUGCCUUUACUCUACCACCAAAGAACCUACGCCACCGUGGGCAAGAUACCAAACCCAUGACUUAUCUUGAAGCUGUUCGACAAUAAUCGAUGAUUUGUUGUCGGCAGCCACUCAUAACUCGGAAUCCAUCAAUGCAUCAGGUCUCUCCCAUUGGAAUGAAUGAAACACGUGAUAUUACAUGGAUCUCCGGAAGCCUAUGAGAACGAUUCACCCAGCAUCACCCAUGUUGUAUGAAGGAUGAGCAACAACGGAUAUACAUGUGCUCUAAUUGUAAUCAUGGAUUCCAAGGUGCGGUAUCCUCCACGCCCAGCCAACGUCAAGCCCAAAUCCAAUUGCGACUACAGGGAGAGCAAUAAGCAUUCCACCAAUCCCAGCCCAGCGGGGCAACCCAUGGUGGGCGAUGCGGGAAGCACGGUAAAGAGAUUGUAGAAGAUGCACCACGCGAGGGAUCA